GGCGUGUUCAAACGCACCGCCCGGGCAGCAGGAGGCAUUCUAGUGGGUUUCUGCACGCUACGAGCCGCGGCGCCGCCUCUGUGCACCGACAGCGUUUAUAUGCAGACACACACACACACACACAAAGAGAAGAGAAGAGAAGAGAAGAGAAGACAAGACGCUGUCCGCGUUCUCCGAUUGGAUUUCCUGAGAGAUCGAUCUCAUCGCCUCUCGCCUGCGUUGGUUUGGAUGAAUGCACCCCCUCCCCCUCCCACCCCCCCAAUCUACCUGCCGGGGGCCUGCUACUGAAACACCAGCCGGCCCAAUGAAUGGGAGAUGCUCGGUUCCCUGGCUGACGGUUUUUGAAGCUCCUCAAAUCAUUCCACGGCCUUUUUAAGGCAGGACUAUAUUCAAGAUUUCUCUCGGUGCAAACCUACCACCAUGCCAAUCCUCAAGCAGCUGGUGUCCGGCUCCUCCCACAGCAAGCGGCGCUCGCGCGUGGACCUGACCAGGGAGAUGAUCAGCGCGCCGCUCGGCGACUUUCGCCACACCAUGCACGUGGGCCGCAGCGGCGACGCGUUCGGCGACACCUCCUUCCUCAGCACGCGCUCCGGGGAGCCGCCCCCGGAGAGCACCUUCUACCCGCGCUCCCCUCGGCCCGGCCUCCUGUCCCGCACCUUCAGGAGCAGCAAGCGCUCCCAGUCGGUGAACCGGGUGGACCAGCAGGCGACGCCCGCCGGGUCCCCCACCUACGUGAAGAACGCCAUGUCGCUCCCCUUCCUCAACGAUGACCACCGAGCGGACGGCAUCGUGGCGAAGAGUUUGUCCUCGAGUCCCCUGAAGCAGCACGGGGAGGCGGACGGGGGCGGCGGCGGAGGCGCGGCGGCGGCCGCUCACCACCUGGAGCUGGAGGAGAUGCGCUUCGGCGAGCUGACGGAGCUUCCGGAGAGCCCCCUCCGCCACUACGGCGGCGGGAUGAAGCACGCCGAGUCGGUCAUGUCGUUCCACGUGGACCUGGGGCCCUCCAUGCUCGGCGACAUCCUGGGCGUGAUGGAAAAGGAGGAGGAGGAAGACGACCUCGGCUACGAGGAGGGCAAGAGCAGCGAGGGCCGCGCCUCGCCGCCUCUCAGCGCCCACGGCGAGGAAGGGGACAGCGCGGAGGGACAAAGGGACGACGACGACGAGGAGGAGGACGCCGCCGCAGACCUGCAGCCGGCCAGCGCCGCAGACGCGGGCCCCCCGGGCGUCGGGCCGUACGCCCCGCAGUACACGCCCGAGGCUCGGCCCAGGCACCUGCAGCAUCUGGACAGCUGCUCCAUGUCCAGCGCCGGCUCCGCUGCGCUGGACGAGAAGCCCAACGGCCAGACCUACGCAGGGGACACGGACAGCGCCACCUUCAGCGCCCCGCCAGAGGAGGAAAGCAACUUCUCCUCCUUCCUGGAAGAUGAGGACGAUGAGAUCCGCGUAUGAGUCUCCAAAGUAGUCUCCAAGUUUUUUCUUUCUUUUUUUUUUUUUUUUUUUUACAAUAAUAACGGGACAGCGCUGUGGAAGGGGGUGAAACCAGCGUGUAGUAAGGCGCUGUUGUCUGGUGCUGUGGGAACGAGACUGUGGAAAAGAUUUCAUUGAGUGAAUGCUCCUUUUUUGGGAGAGACUCUGUCUGUUAGGGAGCCUUCCCUGUCGAUCAAUCCCGUCUUUCCCCUUCUGAACACCGAGGGAGCUGACAGGGAAGAGCCAGCCACAAACAACACAAAAACACUUUCCAUAACUAAAGCUCAGUUCACCCUCUCUUUCCUCUCACUUCACGUGGCUUUUUUAGAUUUGUUUCGUCUCCCUCACUGGCCACGGGGGACAUCACGAGGCAUUAAGUGAACAGAAGGCCUCUCUCUCUCUCCAUAGCAUUACUGGCUUGUAUCAUGUAACAAUGAAAGGGGGCUGUGUUUGUCACCGGAGUGUGAAGGCCUGCCUUGAGCCCCUUUUAUCUGAAAUGAAUAUAGCACGGAUGGGUCCAUCGAUCUGUCCGGUUCCCCCCCUCAUGCAACUUGGGGUCCUUGUGCCGCUGCCCUUUUUCCUGCUGUAGAGCUGGACGGCGAAGCCCAAAACCAACCACACCAACUCUUCUGUUGUGUUUCAUUCACUGUGAGCGCCACACGGGCUUAGUGUAGAUUAGAGAAAACCCUGACGACGCAUUGACUAAAAAGCAAUGUGUUGCUGUUAGAGGGGUGAAUAGUGGCGUGUGACCCAAAGGGGAGCGAUUGUACACUGGUUCGUCUUUUUUUUUUCUUUCAAUGAACAGAUUGGUGUUUUGGUUCUUUCGUUUGAUUUCCAAUAACUUACGCGGAUUGGCUGCCUUCCACACGGCAAUCUAUCAUAUCAAGUUGAAACUGAAAAAGGGUUUUUAUAACCACUUCCUUCCUUGUUUUUGUACAACGAGGCAGCUGCAGCGAAGCAAACUGAACUGUGUGCAAGAUGUUGACCCCUCGUGUAUCAAGAGCUUUCCACCACUACGUGGGCAGGGAUUGGUGGUAAAAUCAGCAGGCACAAUUAAGCCGAACACUACGAGCAGUAUGUCUAAUACCUGUUUAUUUUUAUGUUUAAAAAAAAAAAAAUUAAAAAAAUGUUAUUUAUGUUAAGUCAGUUUAUAGUGGAUGAAAAGAAAUCGAUUCAAUAGCCUUAAAUAAAGGAUGCUGUUUUUAUGGAAGUUGCAUUGUCAUUGCAGCUCGACUGUAUUUCUUGCAUCAUUAGAAGCUGCUGCCACAAGUAUUGAGGCUCAGUUGCGCUGAUUCAUUCCGCUGCCUUAACUGAAACAGACAGAUGUGCCAAAUUGUAAUCUUCAAGCCAAAAUAAUUCUACUCAUGAAGCUCACUUUUGGGAGAGUCGGUCAAAUCUGUUUGGCACUUCCUUCUUUGUAUCCCUUUUAAGUUUUAAGGCGGAGUUUAAGCUUGUACGUGCAAAAAUAAAGAUGUGUUCUAAAAUAAAAAUUUGCAUAACUGGAUAUUUAUAUUUGCAAUCUCUCAAACACUACUUAAAGUAUUCAGGUAAUUUCUAGUGUUAACGGUUUGUGCGACUGGGAUGUUAUCGUUGUUGCCCUUUCUGUAUAAUGUAUAUUACUUUACUUAUACCUUUUUUGUGUAUUAUCUAAAAUCACCUAUAUUUUUCAAUAAAAUAAAUCCUCAACA